AUGCCUCCCAUCAUCAUCCUAGACUCUGAUGAUGACGAGGACCAUAGUUACUCCCCGCCUCCAAGGGGGCCAAUCUCGCCUGCUGGAGCUGAGGCUGCGACAACUCGAACUUAUGUUCCAGAAGGGACGACCCGAUCUUACAACCAGGAUCAACUCUCAAGCUCCGAAAUGACAGCACCAGCACCAUUCAAGCGUACCGUAACAGGACUGGUUGAGCCAUCGUCACUCGCCUCUGUCACAGACCGCACAGGCGCAAAAGGGCAAAAGGCCCAGUAUGGAAACACCCCGGAUGAAUUCACGCAGGCGUCAACACCAGGGAGGAAGAAGGCACCCACGGCCGUUAUGGAUGAUCCCUGGGAUGUACCGAGCUCUCCUGAAGUUGGGCAGAGACGCCCGAAAACGAAGAUUCGCAUUAAACGCCGAGAGCCACAGCAGACUUUGGGGUCAACUUCAAAAACCACAUGGGACCUACUAAACACGAAGUCUGGAAGGAAUCCAGAUCCAGUUCAUGACGGGCUAGAGAUCUCGCCAUCGGGGAGGAGAAAACGAAGGAAGGUGGACUAUCCAGAAACAUCCCUUCAAGGAUCCAAUGAAGUUGACCUGGUCACCAUUCCCUUCAGCAAUGACAAUGAAGGACGAGAAUCACAGCCAGCGCCAACACCCAGCAUGCUCCCGCCCACGCUACCAGUCAUGGACGAUGUUUCUUUCUACAUCGCCCCAAAGCCCUUGACUGAAACUCAAAAGAUGGAGUACGAGAGUGUGCAUAUGCCAUCUAGCGACAGUCUAAACCAACCAUUACCCCCGAUUUAUCAGUUCAACAUCCAGAACAUCGGUUCAAGCGACGAGGCAACCAACGUUAACACCCCUCGGAGCAUCGGGACUUGUCUGAUGAGCACCGCUCCAAUGCCGAGCACGGCCCCGGUGCCGUCGAGUAUGAUGGACCCGCUGAGGAUGGCGACUGGGCAGUCUGUUGGACUGAGGUGGGAUUCAUCACCCGACGUCAUUGCUGGGGGCGAGUCACCACCAAGGGAGAAGCAGCCGAGACAGCGAGAGCGUCAGAGACGUGAGAGUCCGGCUGAGCCAGUGGUUGAUGAGGUGCCAGAACCGACCAGAGUCGACCAACCAAAAUUACCAGCUGUGGAGGAGACAAGGGCACAGAGCCUCCGAGGGCGACCAAAGAAAAAGGCAGCAGCAGAAGAAGCUCAACCGGUGGAUCAACCAGAAGCGACACCAGUCACGAAGCCAAAGAAGAAGAGAGGCAGGCCAAGGAAGGCGGGUCAACCUGCAACAGAAACGAAGGAAGCGAGUCCACAAGUCGAGCAGCUGUCUGUUGGCAAUGCGGUUCCUUCCGCCAAGGUCACUAAGCGAUCUAAGGCAAAGCUUGAAACACAGCAUCAAGUCGAGGAGGUCAAGAUCGACGAUGAGCAGGAAGAGGAGAGCAAAGAAGCCAUGGAUAGCCGAGAUGACAAGGCUGUGUUGCAAGAAUCCAAACCAAAUGUUAUUAACAAGACCGGUCCCAGCGAAGACGAGCCUUCCAAGCCCCCAGAAGAUACGGCAACGCCAAGAAAGGAAGAGAAAGAGGAGAAGCCAGCAGUCUCGAGCAAGACCACGACUCCCUCUCGAGGACUAUCGGCAAUCCUCAACAAACCUGUCUACCGAGUUGGUCUGAGCAAGAGGUCUAGGAUUGCACCUCUGCUGAAAUGUUUGCGCAAAUGA